AUGGAAAACUGCGAAAGAGUAUCAGUCACAAUCUUGGAACGAUGUUACCGCUCGCACCCGAUUAUAACUGAAUGCUUCGACUAUUCUUCAUAUGAGAAACACGGCGAAAGAGUAAUCGCAGCUGUUCCCGCAUCAAAGCGUACAGGAUUGACAAAUCUUGGAAUAAAUCUUCCGGUGAAUGACAUUCCACUCAUACUUCUUAAUAUAAGAGGAACAAUAGAGCAGGACAGCUCCUCCUACUCGUUAUCCUCACCUGAACAGACAGAAGCAGCGAUUAUAAUUGCAAAAGCGCUGGAACACCGAGAUCCUCAAGGUGUUGCCAUUAUUUGUCUCUACACGUACCAAUGCGAAAAGAUAAGAGAAAGGCUCCAACAAGAAAAUCUACAAGUAUCUGUGAACUCUGUAGACGCGUUUCAAAGCCGCGAGCACCGUUUAAUCAUUCUUGUAACAACGAGCACCAAAUCGCCUGGAUCAGCAGCUCGCGCCGAUGCUUCUGACUUUUUGAAAGACAGCCGACGUGCCACGGUUGCAUUGUCCAGGGCACAAAGUGGACUAAUCAUUAUUGCCGAUUUUGAAGCUAUACGAGAAGGCGAGACGUGGAGAAGAUUCAUCACUGCGGCAAAGCAACACACUCCCUUUGUUGACGAACGCUAUUUGGAGGUUAUGGAAAAUGAGGAACCAACACGCGACUCGAAUGGAGUACUCAAUGAUUUAAAAGGAAGGUCAAUUGAAGUUAAAGUAGAAGAAGUUAAACUAAUACGUGGUGGUGAACUAAGAACAGGAAGAGGAAAAAUGAUUUGCAACAGAUGUGGAAAUCCCGGACACUUGGCAAGAGACUAUAGUAUAGGACAACAACAAAAUAAUUUUUUACAUCCAAAAAAUUUGGAAGGGAAAGUUUGUUUUCAUUAUAUUAACGAAUUGGAAAGAUUAAAAAAUGAGCUUAUCGAAUUACAAGAAGAAAAUAAACAAUUAAAAAAAUUGGCUAGCAGCCGCGAUUUUCGUCCUGUUGAACCGGACCAAUUUUUAAUACAUAAACCGCCGGCAGAAAAUUUAGCAAGUGAUUAUGGGGGAGCUGAUACAGCGCUUAGAAAGGUUGCCCCACUCGUUGUUGCAGCAGAACAACGUUUAAAGGGACAGUUAUAUUCUAAAGAACAUGAAGAGGCUAGGAGGAAUCUUCAAAAUAAUAUUUGGGAAUUAUUUUUGAGAAUUAAUAGUCAGGAAUUUGGAAAAUUAAUUGGAAAAGCGAACACAGAAAUUUUAAAACAACAAUUUGAACACAUUCUGACACAAUCUAGAAUACUUUCUGUUGUCGAUAGAGCUCAUGAAUGGCAUAAAAAAGUUUUAGAUAAAAUAGCUGAUAGAAUUAGAGAAAGUUUAUUUAAAUUACAAAAUCCUUCUGAUUGCAAAACUGCAAAGUUUUUAGUUUGUGAGUUAAAUAAAGGUUGCGGCUUUGGUUGCCAAAUACAUCAUGUAACCUAUUGCCUUAUAAUGGCUGCAGCUUCUAAUAGAACACUAGUACUUGAAAGAGACGGGUCGUCCUGGCGUUAUUCUGAAAAUGGUUGGAAUGCGGCCUUUUUGCCCAUUGGAAAAUGUUCAUGGGCCGAGCAUAUAACAAAUAACCUUCAUAUAGAACCAUUUAAUGGAUUAUCCCAAACUACCAAAAUUGUUCGAUUGCCAAUAGUAGAUGUUCUUACAACUAAACCAAAACAACUUCCUCUUGCAUUUCCGUCCCAAUUUUCUGAUUUAUUGCUCAUGCAUCAUUCAGCCCCUCCAGCCUUUUUUAUUGGCCAAUUUUUAAAUUUUCUUAUGCGGGAAAAUGAAGAAGUAAAGAAAUUUGUUUUGCAAGCAAAAGAGAAAAUACCUUUCCAUCUUGGUCCAAUAGUCGGUCUACAGAUUCGACGUACAGACAAAGUUGGAACUGAAGCUGCCUUUCAUAACUUAGAGGAAUAUAUGGAAUGGGCCGAUCUUUGGUUUAAGAUAGAAAGAAAACGUUUAAAUUUCCCUUUAUUGCCUAAACGUGUAUUUAUUGCAACUGACGAUCCUUCUGUUAUUACUGAAGCUAGGGAGAAAUAUGGAAGUAAUGGAUGGAUGAUAUUUGGAAAUGAUGAAAUAGCAAAUGGUGGGGCAGCAAAGCCAAAUACCCGUUAUACCGAUCGCUCACUUCUUGGUGUUAUUACAGAUGUUAGAUUAUUAGCUGAAUGUAGUUACAUUGUUUGUACUUUUAGUAGUCAGGUUUGUCGAAUUGGUUAUGAAUUAAUGCAGACAAGAGUAGGCGAUGCUGGUAACGAUGUACAUUCUAUAGAUGAUAUUUACUACUUUGGUGGACAAUCGGCUCACGAAAUGGAAGCUAUUGAUGGAUUUAAAGCAGAAAACGAUGAGCAAAUAGAUUUAAAUAAAGGAGAUAUAAUUGGAAUAGCGGGUAAUCAUUGGAAUGGUUGGUCAAUGGGGAAGAAUAAACGUACUGGUCGUUCUGGCCUUUUUCCUUCUUAUUUGGUACGCGAGAAAUGGAUAAUUGAAGACUUUCCUAUUUUUGAGAAGUAAAUACAGUCAGACAAUUUUUCUUUUUUUAUUUAAUAUUGAACUAAAGGGUUUGAUUCAGACUUGGUAAUGGACAUGUGUUUUGGUAUCCUGAUAUUUACUGCGGAUACAGGCAGAUAACCGCAGGCAUUUUGAAAUUAUCUGUAUCUAUAUCCUUAACCAUUACCAAGUCUGGUUUGAUUAAUUCAUGGAAAGAGCGGAGUGGGGUUAACUCGGAAUACCCAGCCCGGUUAGUUUAAAAUGACAAUCCGUAUACGGGGCCCUGAAAUCUGAAAAGUUCGAAUUCUUUGUAGUCUACUUCCUUCCCCAUUUUAAUCCAGUUUUGUUUAGUCUUGAGUCGCUCAGUCUUGAAUUAGCU